AUGGAUGUUGUGCGAUGCUCUUGCUCUCUUCUUCAACAUCCGUCAAUUGAUAAUCUUCCCGACUGUUUGUUGAGUGAAAUCUUGAUGCUGCUGCCUCAGAAAUCAAUAAUUCAGUGCAAGUGUGUCUCACAGCGAUGGUGCUCUCUAAUCUCUUCUCCUUCUUUCGCUUACUUUGUUAACAACAGGUUCCACGCCUCUACAAUUUUGGAACGACCCUCUACCUUGCUCUUCAGCUACAACAAUCAUGGUAAUAAGAAUAAGAUGGUCCUUGUGACAUCAGAGGAACCCAAAUUCAAAUCUCUAGCCUCUUCAAUACAUCAAUAUUAUAAUACUAACAGCUUUGUUUCGGAUGACAUUGCUCAAGCCUCGUGUCAUGACUUGCUUUUAUGCUACAAAAAUGUGUUCGUGGCCGAUGAUGAUGUGGGGUGUCGUUCUAUGACUGUGUACUACGUGCUAAAUCCAAUUACAAGGCAAUCAAUGGCGCUUCCUCCCCUAUGUCGUAGUAGAAGUGCUCGGAUUGGAUUCAUCUUCAGCUGUAAGAAAGAGCAGCAAUCCAGUUAUAGGGUGAUGCGCAUUCCUAAAUUUGAGGGUGAAUCAACAGAAUUCAAGGUAGAUAUAUUCUCCUCUGACACAGGCAAAUGGAGUGAGUCGGUAGUGUCGUGUCCGCGGGGAUUUCAGUUGGCUAACUACGCCUACGCUGGUGUUCCCUAUCAUGGUUUGCUUUUCUGGUGGAGUUCGAAUGGACACCUUGUUGGGUUUGAUCCGUACACCAGCAAAUGCUGUCGAGUGAUUGACAAACCCGUGGAAUUGGCACUGAAGCGUGGAAUUCAGCGCCUUGGUGUGUGUAAUGGUGCCUUGAGAAUAUGCCAAAUUGUAGAAGAAAAUAAUAGUAAGUUACUUGUUUGGGAGCUCAAGGACUAUGAUACAGAAGGCAAAUGGUCUUUAGAGCACAAGGUUAAUUUCAACGAUAUAGUUUCUGAUUAUCCUCGGCUCAAUAGAAUUCUGUCGGUGCUAGCCUAUCAUCUGUAUGACAGGGAUAUUGUGUAUGUGAUGCUUCCACCUAGAGUUUUUUCACUCAACAUGAGGAGAAAAAGAGUGGAAAUUAUCUGUCAUUUUCCGAGGAAUUGCACGUUUUACAAUGGCUUCAACGUCUUCAACUUUGUUCUUCCUUGUUGGCCAACACACAUUCCUUCUUAUCCAGAAUCCCUUAUAGAAAGAGAAGGCUGCCUAAUUACUCUGCAGCUUGCUACCUUGGAUAUUAGGCAAUGA